AACCCCCACAAAUCAAACAAUUGUAAGAAUCAACAAGGUGACAUGUGUGCUUCCUUCUUUAAUUGUAGUGCAACAUCUUGGUCUGAUUUUAGCCUUCCCAGUUUGUUGUGUCGCUCAGCUUUCCCCUAUACUCAAACCACUUUCCCCAUCUUGACUCAAACUUCCCCUCCUGAAGUCUCAAUAUGUGUGUGAGUCUUUCCAUGUCAAAUAUUUCUUCUACUACCCCCAGCCAUAGUUCCUUUGUAGGCGGGUCUAUUUUGUACCAAGCCCUAGGUUUUCUUGCUGGCUGCCAGCAGUGCCUUGAUCAGAUAUCCGUCCCCACCCUGUACAUUUCCCUGUGUAAGGUUCCCCAUAUAUAGCACGGAGCAAAUCAUAGGUAUCCCAUAACCCAGUAUCACCCUUAGUUUCCCCUACGUCUUCCCUGUACUCUGUCAUUUUACUGCACUUCCAAAAUAUGUGUGCGUGAUCUGCAUCCAUCUGACCACAUUGCCUCCAACACAUAUUCUGUUCCGGGGCGAACCUUCCUUUCGUCCUUGGGGUCAUGAAAUAUCUAAUAAUAUUUUUCCACCCAAACUCUCUCCAUACCCUUGAUCCAGUAGUUGAAUGCUGUACCCUGAAAACAUUGCACCAUUUGUCUUCAGUCAACUCAAUCCCAAGUUCCCGUUCCCACUUUUCUUUGAUGUACAUUGUUGAAUUCCCUCUUCAACAAAGCUUGAUAAAGGGCUGAGAUCACUCUACCCUUCUUCCCAUUAUAUUGUUGUGGGAACUUUUGUGAGUGAGAUGAAGCACGAGAACUGAGUCGGAUGAAUACAAGCAAGUUAAUUUAAUCUGAGUUGCAGACUCUUCUGAGUCGAAGAGUCUGCAAAGUGAACAGCACUGAGCAGAGAGAAACAAGGCGUAUAUAAACAUGUCUUCAGCAAUAUGUGUAUGUGAUAUAGAAGAACAGGAUGUUCGUCAGAUAGAGUAGUUGUCGGAUAUGAUGCCAUUAAGCUGUUGUGAAAAACUAGCAGAUAUCAGUAGAGAACAGGGAGUUUCUUGGGAGGACAGGGACCUUGAGAUAAAACAGGAAACUCAUAAUUGCCCGCUACACCUCGUGUGACCCAAGAAACAACUAUCCACUGAACCUUGUGUGACCUAAAGAAACGUCUGUGUGCAUGUAAUAUGCCAUUACAAUGUGCAUCCACCAUUACCUUAACUAUCCCGUUUUGCUCAGUAGCCUUUUCUAUUUUUAUUUUCCUUAUAAAGUAAUCCCUCACUUGUAAGUAUCUAAAGUAAUCGUCUCUUUUCAAACCAAAUUUAUUUUUCAGAUAUUGAAAACUCUGCAUUUCCCCCUUUUCCACCAUCUUGCACACUGCUGUGAUACUCUCUAGUGCCCAUGUUAUGCCCCAGUCUAGGGGGCCUAGGGCAUAACAUGAUAAGGCCCCAUCUUCCCCAAGUCCCAAGUGACCACAAACGAUUUUUAGCGUUGUAUACAAAAAAAAGAAUUAUUUAUUUACACGGGUAGGGUAAAUGACAACAAAAAUGGAUGAACUGAGGUCUAGGCUUCAGGGUGGACUGAGGCCAAAAUAACAAACAAAAAGGGUCCCUGUCUAGAAAGCAAUAAACCUUACCUAAACAACCUUAAACAAACCAAAUAACAGGAACUUGCCUCCCUAACUAAAUAAACAGGAGAAAACGCUGUAACAGAAAUGGCAGUCCACCCCUUCUAUUUACAAAAACUACUAAACUAUACAAAAAGACUAAACUACUGUCGAAGUGUGGCCGGUUGGGAGGAGAGGAGGAUGAGGAAGUGAGUGUCGCCAUCUGCCAUGCUGCUCUUUUGCCCCAUGUCGUCUUCUUCUUCUUCUUUUCUGAGGUUUAAUGGCGGUUGGCAAACAACGUUGAUCUUCACUCUUGCUGUUGGUAUAUGGUACAAUGACUUUAUACAUUUAAUAGAGUUUUCAUUAAAACCAAACUUCUCUAAGACAUUAUAUAAAAAGGUCCAUCCCACACUAUCAAAUGCCUCGCACCCACUCUUUUGUAUCGCGUCUACCAUAUGAAUUGUUUUCCUGAUAUUAUCCUGUGCCUGUCUUCCUCAGAUAAAGCCAGUCUUUUUGAAAUUAUCGAGGUGUAGAUCUUAUAGUCAACAUUAAGUAUGGAUAUAGGUCUGAAGCUACUGCACAGUUCUUUAUCUUUUCCAUCUUCAGGGAUUAUAGUUAUGAUGGCUUCUUUCCAAGACUGAAUUCAGUAAUCAUUCUGUUCUUCUCCUAUAGAUGGCAAGUCUAGCCCCUCUAGAAAAGUCUUCAUACUCUCCUCCCCUGCUGAGCAGGAAGAACAGAUUGUUGGCAGACGAGAGGAGACGAGACGACGGAGGCAGACGGAGCAGAGGAAGGAGAAGAAGAACAGAGAGACACGAGCUAAAGGAGAAGAGGUAGAGAGAGAAAAAGAGAGGAAGAAAGAAAGAAAGAGAGAGAAGCAUCAUGGACGCUCUGAAGAAAGGAUUCUCCAUCGCCAAGGACGGAGUGGUGGCCGCUGCCGAGAAGACGAAGGCCGGCGUGGAGGAGGCAGCGACCAAGACCAAGGAGAGCGUCAAAUAUGUCGGAAACAAGACGAUGGAGGGCGUGGUCACUGGAGUCAACACAGUUGCUCAGAAAACGACUGAACAGGCGAACGUUGUUGCCGACACCGCGGUUACCGGGGCCAACGAGGUCGCCCAGGCAACAGUGGAAGGGGUGGAGACUGCAGCUGUGGCGAGCGGAUUCGUUAGCAAGGAGGAGGCGGGACAAGUGGCUGAGGAGGCUGAUCUUCCAAAGACAGAGGCAGUUGCAGCAGAACAGACGGAAGCAGCCGAUCAGCAGAGUCCAUCAGUUUGACCUUUGACCUCCACAACCCCCAAUCGACAGUCUACCGUGUAGUGUGUGUUAUUUAACCUCAUUAACAAGAAGCUCUUCUAUUCAUCGUCAUUCAUGUUGCCAUGGAUCCACUGUCACUCUCACACACACACACACACACUGAUGCUCUCAGGUGAUUGGUCAGUGUGGAAUGACAUCAUCAUUCUACGCUGCAUCAUAUCAAGUUUUCCCAGUUAACCGCUGCUGCACUGACUCCGCCCACUCGACAAACAGAAGCCUGAAGCCUUUAACAUGCAUGAUGCUUACACACAUACACACACACACAGAGACACACACAUACACACACAGAGAGAGAC